GAAUUCAGUUCAACACUUCAAAUAAAAACAGCUAAAAACACACAUACAAUUGGAACAGAAACGCUCUGAAGAUGCUCAUCAGAACACCAAGGGUCACACAGCUUGAUGCGCACUUGCUCGAUGAUGAGCUCCUUACACAUCUCUCGAGCCAAAUCUCUGAUUACAGGGAAGAAGUUACACUUCUUCUCAAGCUCUUACUGUACAAGCUGACCAUUGGCAAUAAAGACCAGUCCUAUGGAAUGUUCCUGAUGAACUUGAAAUACAAGAACCUCCAUUCGUGGAAGAAACACAUUUACGUUCUGUCCCUCGUCAUGGGCAAUUAUGUUGGCACGAAGCUGAGCUCAAUAAUGUACGACGAGGAUACUUGGAGGUCGAAGUGGUAUAGAACCUUGGAAAGGGGAUACCAACUGCUAGAUGCUGGGAACUUCCUCGUCUUUUUGGUGAAGGGCGUGUAUCCCAACUUGCUUAUGAGACUGCUGGAUAUCAAAAUGUCGUAUAACUCCUUGGAACUGGCCAAACAGAAAGGUGACGUUUCGUAUGAGUUUCAGAAUAGACAACUCAUCUGGAACACGUUUUUGGAGUUCAUUCUGUUCAUAUUGCCUAUACUGAAGAACUCUCAAAUAAGUGCCAUAUUUACAAAGCUACUGGCAAAGCCUUCGACUGGAAAGCUGGACUCAAUCGAGUUCAAACAUCUGAAAGAGCGUGAAUGUGCUAUCUGUUUUGAAACAUCGGGCAAAAAACAGAGAAUAGUCAACCCAGUGGAGACAAACUGUGGUUGUAAAUACUGCUAUGUCUGCCUAGUGACGAAGCUAGACGGUGCUAAUAACUCCAAGGAGAAAUGGCAGUGUUUGAAAUGCGGGUCGCCUGUGGAGUAUGCCUCUCCAUACGUUGAUGUUGACGAAGCUGCUAUCAAAUGUGUGCUGGACACCAACGAUGAUGGCAGCGAUGAUGAAGAUGCCGGGGAGUCCUAUAACCAUUUAGACGAGGAAAUAGAAGAUGAACACGACGAGGAGGAUGUGGAGGAGGAAUAUAGUGCUUAUUCAGAUUCGGACAUGGGCGAUGAGGAACUGGAAGAAGAAAUGGAUGAGCUGGAGGAUGAGUUUGAGCUCUGAUCACUCCACUCUAGUCUAUUGAUCUAUUAUUAACACUAACAAAAUCACAAUAUAGCUGAUCCAAUUGAUAACGUAUUGCUUUUUCUCUCUUGUUUUUCCUCUCUUUGGUCUAUACAUUUCUAUCACGCAGGCUACAACUGUAGAAU